UAUAUUAUUCUCUCUUUCAUUAAACUUUUUUGAUACAAGCAAUUAGGUUGUGAAAAUAGAAAUUGCUCUGAAAUUUCAUUUGUUUCGAUGGAAAAUGGACAUACUGGACGAAUCACUGCAAAUAUGGUUCUUAAUGCUAUACGUCGCUUGGAACAACAGGGUUUGGUUGACCGCAAUCUCCGUGGUUACUAUGAAUUCAGGCAAGAUGACCCCCGCUUCAUUGAAACCUUAAUUCAGGCAUUUCUGGAUGAAGUUGCGAGUACUUUUCAUAGCAUGUUUAUGACAUUGAAUGCGGAUGUUGUGAAUUUUAGAGGAUUGAGCGACCUCUGCAUAAAAGUAAAAGGAGUUGUUGAUUGCUUUGGUGCUACUCGGAUGAGGAGAGCGUGCACCAACCUAUUUCAUGCAUCAGAGAAUGCAUCUAAACCGACGUGUGUGCAAGCAUUCAUAAGAUUAGUGAGCGAAUUUGUUGUGUUACGCUCACGUUUGGAGUUUGUUUUAUCGCUAGAGCGGGCGUUGCUUGCAGGUUAGCUAACAAUAAUCAAGAGGGCUCAGAGGAUUUUGUUGUUUAAACAUCGUGGUUAGUUUAAAAAUUUUAAGGGUUGCAAUAAUAUAUGUAAGCAAGUAAUAUUCGCUUUACCAUUACCUGGGUUGGGAUUAAAUUUCUGUGUAAUGAUUUUAAAAUAUUAUUUCAUCGUUUCA